AUCUGCUUAUUGCCAUGGGUGUUAUCACAGAGAAGUCAUCUAUCGGCGGAGGAUUUGGUUAUGAAGGAAGUGGGAUCGUGACAAAAACAGGAUACAUGGUCAAGAAAUUCAAGAAAGGUGAUCGAGUGAUCAUUAGUUCAAGUGGAUCAUUCACAUCUACCCACCAAGUCUGCGAAAAGCUGUGCACCAAGAUGCCAGACAGCAUGACGUUCGAAGAAGGUGCUGCUAUAUCGGCAGUUUAUUGUACUGCAAUCUACUGCCUCAUUGAUGCUGCGAGAUUGAGUAAAGGACAGUCUAUACUGAUCCAUGCCGCCACUGGAGGCGUUGGACUUGCUGCAAUUCAGAUCGCCCAACUGAUAGGCGCCGAGGUGGGCGUUUCCGUAUCGCUUCGGAAUGACGAUUGCUAACAAGAGAAAUUUACAGAUAUAUUGCACUGUGGGCAACGACGAAAAAGCGGCUUACUUGAUCAAGAACUUCGGUAUUCAUAGUGAUCACAUUUUCAACUCUAGGGAAUCGAGCUUCCUUCCCGCCAUAUUGAGGGCAACUGAAGGUCGGGGAGUCGACGUCGUGCUGAACUCACUUUCUGGUGAACUUCUCCAUGCUUCAUGGAAAUGCGUCGCGGAAUUUGGCACAUUUGUUGAAAUAGGUCGACGAGAUUUCGUCGGCCAAGGCACCCUAGCCAUGGAACUUUUCGAGUCCAAUCGUGCGUUUAUCGGAUUUGAUCUGCUACUUUUCUCGACCAAACGCCCAGAGGAACUUGAUAGAGUCAUGGGGAAAGCCAUGGACUUCUACGCCCGCGGACUUAUAAAGCCUUCCGCAGCUACUACGAUUUUCUCCGCAUUGAACAUCACGGAGCCAUUCAGGUACAUGCAGAAAUCUCAGCAUAUUGGCAAGAUUGUUGUGUCAAUGCCGGAACUUGUUUCAGAGCUUUCAUUUGAGACCUUGCGUGAGGAUCUGAAGCUUCGUUCAGAUCGGGCGUACUUGUUCGUCGGGGGACUUGGUGGGCUUGGGCGCUCUAUUGCAACCUGGCUGGUCGAGUGGGGUGCCAAACAUAUCGUCUUCAUGUCAAGAUCCGCCGGAAAUAUUCUCGAUGAUGAUCCUUUUGUCAAAGAAUUCGCAGUACAGGGCUGUAGGACCACCAGAGUUUCGGGGGACGUUUCCAAGUAUGAAGAUGUUGUCUCGGCAAUCGAGGCCGCAGGAGAACCAAUCGGAGGAGUGUUCCAGGCGUCGAUGGUUUUGAGGGACGCCGCUUUCGCAACUUUAUCCUGGGAUGACUGGCAGGCCGCAGUAAAUCCGAAAGUACAAGGCACUUGGAAUCUCCACCACGCUUUUCUUAAGGAGCAAUCAGAGCCUCUCGAUAUAUUCUUUCUCUUCAGCUCCGCCGGGGCAAUGAGUGGUCACUGGGGCCAGGCGAACUACAACGCAGGGAAUACAUUCCUUGAUGCUUUCGUAUCCUACAGGCAUUCCCUUGGACUUGCCGCUUCCACUGUCAACAUUGGAGUUAUGGAAGAUGUGGGAUAUCUCAGUGAAAAUACCGACCUUCUAGACUCGCUUCGGUCAACUGCACAGUAUUUGGUUAAAGAGCCACAACUGCUUGAUUCUAUCGAAUUGAUGCUGAAGCGUUCUCAGCCAACAGUACCCGUCUAUCCUUUGGCCUCUCGAUCUUCCAAGAGAUUCCGGUAUGUCCAGAAGUCGCAAAUCGGGAUUGGCUUGCGCUCCGUACUACCAAUCACUUCUCCAAAUAACAGAACAACCUGGCGUAACGACCCCCGGAUGCUGGUCUAUCAAAAUCUAGAGACAAAUGGCGAGUCUUCUGAGUCACCUGCAACUUCAGACCACGAACUCAGCCGGUUUCUCAAGGACAUCGGGUCCAACAUGUCAUUACUGAAGGCUCCAGAAUCGGUCGAUCUGCUAGCUCGAGAAAUUGGCAAGACGUUGUAUGGAUUUAUGAUGCGGACAGAGGAGGAGAUGGAUUUCAGCGCCCCCUUGGUGGAUCUGGGUAUUGACUCACUCGUCAGUAUCGAGAUGAGAAACUGGAUCCGGCAGAGAAUCAGUGUGGACUUUACUGUAUUGGAGAUUAUCAGGAGUGCAAAUAUACAAGAGUUGGGACGAGUUGCACAGCUGAAGCUUGUGGCAAAGUAUGAGGCAAAGGUGUGAAAUUCUUUCAGUUCUCGGUAUUUGGGUGUUUGCGAAAUCCGACUUUCAAGUAUGCACGUAGUAAUCAAAGCUAUGUGAUGGACAGGUCUUGGAAAUAUCUCCUUAUUUAGAUGUCUAUUAUCACGACAUUCUUUAUCACUAAGCUUAUAUAUUUUGUUCUUAGUCAACGAACUUCAGAGUAUACUAGAGAAGUAACGCUACACAGGCCAUGGGAGGAUGGGACCAAGCUCGCUUUAGUGACUGGUAUAUGAGAAGGGAGCUCGGCAAAGAAGACCUUUCAUUGAGAUUUAAAGAAAAUAUUCAGCCCAGGAAAAUCAACAUAGGUAUGACUACCGACGAGCUUGCAGCAGGCCAGACACUUUGAAAUACCAUCAGUAAACAUUAUACCCCCACUACGGGUGAUACAUCCACUCUCCCUGAUUGAAGACAAUCUCAAACUCCACAUUCUCAAAUGUACCCACCAUAGCGUAAAGAUCAUUGAAUCCCUCCAACCCAGUAACCGGCAGAUCCUCCUCAGCAUCUCCUUCCUCGUGCAGAUUCCAGCUACUCUCCUUCCUCCCAUCUCUCGUGAAGAAAACCUCAAUAUCGAUCGGAUUCGUAGACAUCGUUUGCGCGGGAGCAGAAUCAUAAGAAGGAGGUGCAUCGAGGUUUCUGGCCGUGAAGAUCAUGCCGAUUCCCAAUGUUUCGCCAGCCUUGAAUGGCUGUGUGAAGUCCUUUCCACCCCAUCGGUCGUUGAUGUAUUUACUUCCGUCAUCUCCAUGGACAGCUAGGUUUCCUCUGUGCCAGCCGGGAAGACGGAAUGUUGGAUAUGGUUGUGCGCCGAAGCCCAUUGCAAGACUGACUUCUCUUCUGUUGGUCUGCUUGAUGCGCACUUCGUAGUAUAUGCUCUUUGUUCGCGCAGUUCGAAGAGGCGAGUGAGCCAUGACGGAGUAGAGGGGAAGGGUCGAGAUUAUGCAGUUAUCGGGUGUGCUGGCUUUUGUCUUCCCUGCCCAAACUCCAGGUCGUGGUCGCUCGAGAUUGCCUUGGUAGUCUCUUGGUCUGAUAACUCCAAUCUCUCCCUUGUCAAUGGCUUCAAGAGCUGCCUCUGGGAAGGUCACCGGGCCUGUCAUAGGGUUCUGCGAGCACCAUAUCUCUCCUAGCUCUGCCUGCUGUUCUGUUGCGUUGUUCGUGGCGCUUCGUUGAUUGCCCAUUGAUGGUGGGGGUGGGAGGAGAGAGGUAUCUGGGACAGCUGUCUGCCAGUCAUGGUAUGGUUCUUGCGGCGGUGCAUCAUAUGAAUGGGAUGGCGGGGGUCCAUCUGGCGCAGAAUAAUCUGCGGUUCGAUUCGGGGGCGGACCUGAAGGAGCAGAGUACUCAUUGCUGCGAUUUGGAGGAGGUCCUGAAGGUGCGGAGUACUCAUUGUUACGAUUUGGCGGGGGCCCAGCAGGUGCGCCAUAGAUCUCUGGGCUUUGAUAUUGAUGAGAAGGCGGCGGGCCUGCUGGUGGUUGGUAGGAACUGUCUUGAGGCAUUGCGUGUGAGGUCUUGGAGGGUUUCGAUUCAACGGGUCUGGAGUUGAGAUGGUCGUUGUAGUCGUUGUUCAAUCUGGAUGACGGGUCGUCGCCUUUGAGCUUGCUACCGAAACACAUGCUGAUACGUUCAGAGGAGGAAGAACAAAGACAAGGAAAGUAAAUGUACUUGGCCUGGCUGAGUACUUGUAGGUAGUUUCAAUUGUAUGAGAGAUUUAAUGCAACGCCUCUCUUGAAGUCUUUCUGAUGUCAGUAAGGGAAUGGAAGUGGGCUGUGCAAGCCGGUUAUUCACAGCUCUGAGCUGGAUGCGAGAUGGCAC